GCUCCCUCUUUACUGUUUGCUCCGUUGUUCUCCAAAUCUCUCUCUCUCUCUCCCUCUAAAUCUCUCUAUAGAAGUGCUGAAGCAGAAUAAAAAUGGCAGAUCAGAACGCAACGACAUUAUCCUCAAUCAUGGAGGCGAAGCCGAUUCACCCGCUGCACCAAAUCUCCGAGAGCCCGACCCACAAGCUCCUCCUGAAGCAAUGGCUGAAGGAGCAAGACCUAAUCCUCAACAGAAUCGUGGCGAAAGAGACGCAGAUCGACUCCGUCCGCAAAGAGAUCACGCAGCUCUACUGCUUCUUCUUCCUCUUCCACUCGAUCUCCCUCACCUUCCUCUUCAGCUCCGCAUCGCAGCAGAGGAAGGCCGGAUUCUACUGCCGCAGAUCGUGGAUCCCGUCUCUCUGCUCCCUCCUCUGCUCCAUGGGGAUCAUCUGGGCGGUGCGGUACAAGACGGACACGGAGAGCCAUCUGGAAAAGCUUCUGGAGAGGGAGAAAGAGGACGGGAAGCUUUUGGCCAAGUGCGUGGAGGAGCUGAAGAAGAAGGGCGUGGAAUUCGAUCUGUUGAAGGAAGUUGACGCGCUUAGGAGGGCUAAGAGCAUGAGGGUGGAAGCUAAGACGGUGAGGAAAUGGUCCGCUAGAGACUUUGUUAGUCUCUUCUUCUUCACCGUUUCUUGCAUUGUUCUUGGUCUUACAAACCUCAUCUUAUGUGGUUAAGUUUCUGAAAUCUUUAUUCACAUAUAUAUAUUGGUACUAAAUUAUUUUGAUAAUGUAUUCUGGGAUUAUAUGUGAUCUGGGUGGAUUGGUUUACGGUGAAAGGGGUAGUAACUUGUAUUUUGCAGAAUAUGCUGUUCUGCUUUUGUAAUUUUGGACCUAUUAUGGAGUCUUGUGCAAUAAAAAGAAAUUGUUUCAUCUA